CACCAGGCCCCGCCUGAGCCGCCCAAUAGAGGGCCCAUGGAAACAAGAGUCAUGCUGGGGCAAUAACCCGGAACAGGAAGUGGAGGUGGCUCCCGUCCUGGAGCACGGAAGGGAAAAAGGGGAAGCGACUGAGGUUGCCAGUGGAGAUGAGAGUGGGUGAGUGUCCUGUGCAGAAAAUGGCCUCCUGUCUGAGAUCUAGUGUUCGACAGCCUUGAAAUCAGCUUUUGGUGGGGGCCAAAGGUUGGCAACACCAAGAUGUUUGACAGGAGCAAGCCAACUGAUGAAGCUUCUGCUUCUUCAGCACAAGGUAUAGAAAGACGAGGUAUCGAAGGAUCCCUACGACAGGAGAGCAGUAGCAGUGUAAGCAUACGAGGGCCAGAGCAGGUUGGACCUGGGUUAUCCAGUGUGCAAAAUAGACAAGGCUAUUGCAACUGCUGCCACGUGCACUACAGCAAUCUUGAACAGCAUGUUUUCAGUUCCCAGCACAGACAUUUCACCAUGUACUGCAGGAAUCGCACAGGUACCACCACCCUGAUGGAGCGUUUCCUGCAAGAUGUUCUGCAACAUCAUCCCCACAGAUACCAUGACAACAGACCAACGUAUGAUGACAUGCCAUUUCCCAUCUCCCCAAUGGCUCCCCAGGAUGUUUUCCUGCUUCCAGAAGAGGAGGAGAAAGAGGUGGUAAGAAGCAUACGGGAGAUGCCUGGCACAGACAGUGAAUCCAUUGUUAAAUCAUGCUCCCCUUCUCCUUGUAGAUCUCAGGAGGGCAUAAAGUCAAUUUCUGUGCCACAGACAUUUAUCCAAAAACUAAAGAUGGGACAGGAACACAUCUUAGAAAUAUCCCAGCAAACUUUGGACCUCUGUAGCAGUGAGAAAAAACAUACACUAAUGGAUGGUGCUCAGAUUGCAAAUAGUAGCCAUGAUGGCCAGUUUACAGCUGUGAGCCCAAUAUCUCACCAUUUGCGUAGCACCCCUUUAUGUCACGGUUCUCCUGUUAGCCCUGUAAUUGCAAAAAAUAUUAGGUGCUCAGCAACCUCAAAUUUGAUUCCAAGUAGCAGAUAUGAUCACAUGCAGAAGGAUGUAUGCCAUAAGGAUGGAUCAUUAAACACAAAUCCUAAUCCUGUUCUGGCAUCAAUCCACCCAAAAAACCCUUCAUUUUCACAUCAGAGUCCUACCUGCAGCCAAGUCAAUGCUUCAUAUAUUAUCUCAGGUCAAUCUUUUUUUAAACUAGGUGGUUUACAAUCUCAGGAUGAAACUUUGGUGUCUGACUUCUGUCUCAGGGAUCUUGUGGGUACUAGCAACUCACUAAGUUUUGGGGCAUCCCCACAAUUAACAAGAUACAAAGACAUGAAGGUGAGCAGGGUUGAUGAAACUUCAGUAGAUGAGAUAAUUGAAGAAGUCAUUCUGAAGUACUGCCAUGGAGCUCCACCUAAUGAGUUGUCUUGCAAAGAUGAGAGUAAUUCCUAUUUAAAUAUUUCAUCACUUCUGGAUCACAAUAGUCUAGAGGGCUCUGAAAUGAGUUUUGAUUGUGAGGCACCUGUUUGCUCAGGAGCAGGCCUACCCAAGGCAGCUACAAAGGAUAUAGAAUUCCUAAAAGAGGUCCAAGUAAACCUGGAAGAUAGGAACUAUGGAACCCAACUUAGUUCUGUUCUAAAAGGUGGUUCAGUGGAGCAAACAGAAGCAGCAAAACAGGAUAUAAUAAUUCAUAAUGAGGAAUCAGUUCUUCCAGCUCUGCCUCAUGUGCCUCCUUCCUUUGUGGGAAAGACGUGGUCCCAGAUAAUGUAUGAAGAUGAUAUAAAAAUUGAAGCACUUGUGCGUGAUUUCAAGGAAGGUCGUUUCCGUUGUCAUUUCAACAGUGAACCCUCUGCCAACUGUACAGGGAAGAGGAUGAGAAAGAAGAAGCAGAAAGAUGAAAGGAAGAGUGACAUUGUUACAGGUAACAGAACAGAAACUUCAUCAGUUAAAGCAUUGCCAGAAUUUAAUGAUGCUAUAAGUGGUGGUUCUGAUUUUGAUAAUCUUUUGGCCUCUGAUACACUAUGCAACCCACAAAUACUUCAAAUGCCUAGAAAGAGGACGUGGCGCCUUGCUUCAAGAUGCCAAGUGGUCAAAGUCAGCCAUGGAACCCAAACCAGUUUAGUGAACUAUCCAAUAGUAAAAAGAAAAAUCAUUAGAAAGGAGCCUGAUCCACCGGAUCAGAAAGCAAACAUUAUUUGGUCAGAGAAUGAAAGAAUUUCAAACAUGAAAACCAGACUGUGUGCCCUCAAGCUUCCUGAAGCAUAUACCAAAAUUAUGAGCCCUCUGCAGCCCAAGACAGUGGUUUAUGUCCUUUCAUGUCCAGAGAUUAAACAAUAUAAAGGCAAACCCAUAGAUGUUCCCAAAAUGAGGAGAAAUCGCAACUCCACAGACAGCAAGGAUUCUGUAAGGUACAGAUACAAACAAUGUUCUCUUAAGUAUUAUGACCCACUGACAAAUCGAAUUCUGAAAACACCUCCCAAGAGCACAGUUAGAGAAAAAGCCAAAAAGCCCUCCCAUGUUCGACAACUGUUUAGGAGUCUAAGCCUUGAUGCAAACACAAAGAAACUAUCUGAUACACAGAAAGAAUGUACACCAUCUAAAUCCUUCAAUUGGCCAGGCUUCUAUAGUUCUUCUUCAGCGACUUUCCUGUCAGAUCCAAUUAAAGGGAAUGAUAUGAAUUCAAGUCUGAGGACAGAUGGAGCUUCCAUUUCCACAGAAAGGUCUGAUUUUCCGGUAUUUGUUCACUCAGAGAAGUCCUAUAAACACGUAGUCAUUUCACCUUUCAACUCCCAUCAGUCUCAGGUAGAAGGAGAUGUUAGAUUAACCCCAAUUAAUAGCAGGGUUGCCAAAACACCUUUGAAGUCAAUCAGGAGCGAACGGUUGGAGAGGGAGAAUUCAAAGACAAUGUGGAAGAGGAAAGAAGGCACUAGUAGAGAACCAGGUUUUUCCAAAAAGGCUUCAGGACCCAUGUCUGUCAAUUGUGGCCUUGUGAGAAGAAGUAGAGUAGCCUCAGGCAAACAAGCAUCCAGAACUAAAAAGCAAAAAAAGGAGCAGAUAAGAAGGAAGCUCUCCUCUUGUGCCCAAAAAUCAUCUUCUGUCUUCUCCAUCCAUAGGCACCAGACAAGGAAACCUACUUUGGGAAAGCACCUCAAAAAGGAAAAACUUGAUGCUAAAAAGCUAAAGGUUAGGAGGAAACCCAGGAGGACGUUUUUGAACUCUACAGUCAUUUCAGGGAUUACUGAAAAGAGGCAGAAAAUCACAGCAGGGUCUUUUCCGAAGAAGCCAGAACUAGCUUCUUCCAAAGUUAGGAGCUGGGAGAUAAGGGUCUCCCCAGCACAGUGA